UGCAGCUGUGACUGACUUGAAGCAAAAAAGCUCACAACCUUGGACUGAUCAACUGCCCGUGUUCUCAGGAGGAACCCAGCAAAUCCACCUGAAAAACAUGGUGGUAGAUCUUCACAGGAGCUUUUCUCUCCUGUUGCUGCUGGGGCUGUGGGAGCCCAUGUGUCUCCUCAGCGGCGCUCACCCUAAGGGUCUCACCAAGGCCCGCUGGUUUGAGAUUCAGCACAUCCAGACAAGUCCUCAGCAGUGCCACACAGCCAUGUCUGCCAUCAACAAUUACACCCGGCACUGUAAGCCGAAAAACACCUUUCUGCACGACUCCUUCCAGAACGUGACUGUCGCUUGUGGCUCUCCCAACAUCACCUGCAAGAACGGUCAGAAUAACUGCCACCAGAGCGCAGGGCCUGUCAACAUGACAGACUGCGCGCUCACUGGAGGGACCUUCCCCAACUGUCGCUACAGCAGUGCUGUGAAGUUCAAGUUCUUCAUUGUGGCCUGUGAACUCCCCAAGAACCCCCCCUACCAGCUGGUCCCUGUGCACUUAGAUGCCAUUGUCUAAGGCUCGGGACACUUUCCUUCUGUUAGACACAGGUCCUCUUACGCUUCAUUCCACUGUUUCUUUUGUUCCUAUGAAAAAAGGAAGGCCUUGGGAGAAUUAGAAAGCCUCAGCUGUCAGAGCAGAGUCAAGACAAAAAGAAAUAGGGUGCGUGGGUUAAGAUGAGGUUCAGGAAUUGAGCAGUUCACCAGCCCCCCACCCAGAAAGGAGAGACAGGAUUAUUUUUUGCCCUGGGGUUGCCUCUGUUGGGGAGGAAUAUAGAAAAUAGAUAAAGAAGGUCUGAACAGCUGAACAAUUUAUCCUGCAAUUGUUUGGGUCAAGCCUCAUUGUGCUGUGUUUAUAGAAAUAAAGUCAUUUCCUUUUUCAUGUAAUAAAU